UUUAGUCACUAAGGCCUUUGCAAAUAAUAUUUGCAGGCAAACAAAUAAAAUGAAUAAAAUUAAAAUAACGAGUUAUGGUUUCAACAUUUGAAUGAAAAAAGUGUUUUAAAAUGCAUUAUACACAUGUCCAGUGGUUUUGCAAUAAUUAGUUUAAAAAAUCAAAGUAUUUUUCAACACCCAAAAUUGCUAAAUAAUGCAGAAAAUGCAUUUGAAUUGUUUUCAUUUGUUUAGACUUCUAUUUUAAUUAAAAUUUAAAAGUUUUAUGAAAAAAAAUUUCUCUGAUUUUUCGGACCAAUUUUAAUGGGGGGUGACAUAAACAUUUAAACAUGGAGUUGUGCUGGGAGGGGAAGGACCACCGGGAGUACGGUGACUACUCUAUUUAUUGGAGCGGCGGCAAUACACGCGAGCUGGGUACAGCUUUUAUAGUGCUGGGCGAAAUGGCGAAGCGCGUGAUUGGUUGGUGGCCAGUCAAAGACAGAAUGUGCCGGAUGAGAAUCAAUGGCCGAUUCUUCAACCUGAGCAUCAUCAACGUGCACAGCCCGCACAUUGGAAGCGACGCCGAUGACAAGGACCGCGAGUACAGGAAGUGUCCAAAACACGACGUCAAGAUUGUCAUCGGCGACUUAAACGCUCAAGUCGGCCAAGAGGAGGAGUUUAGACCGGUUAUUGGGAGGUUCAGCGCCCACCAGCAGACGAACGAGAACGGCCUACGACUCAUCGAUUUCGCUACCUCCCGCAAUGCUACUUCUUCCCACACACAGGAGACACGACUGCUGGAUGUCCAGUCCAUCCCCCCAAAGUCCCAAGUUCCGAAGUUCCGAACAUAUCCCGUGGAGCACUUUGUGUCCACCCGAUACGAUUUGGACGGCACUAGCACCAGCCAGCGCAAAAGUCUUGUUUGCUUACUCUGA